CAAAAAUCCGUACGCUUCAUUUGGUUGAAACUUUUGGAUAACGGCUCUGAAUUGAAACACAAUCCAAAGCUAGAGGUGAGCUUUUCUUGUUUACAUGCAUGGCCUGCAACUUGCGAAUUAUGGAGGAACUAAGUACCAGAGCAAAUUCUUGAUAUCUAAAAAGAACAAGAACAAUCUCUUUAACCAUUUCCUUUCCAUGGACUGUGCCUUUGUUCCUCACCUCUCUUGUCCCCGUAUCUUCAUCAACUCAAGUUUUCAUCGACUUUUUGCAGCUCCCAAUAAUACAGGAAUUGGGUUAUACAGACACAGGUUGUUUAGUCCCACAUUUUGGGGUAUUGGGGUGAGUCCUGGAAUUGGAGCUCGAAAUUUGUCUGAUGACAGUUCUUUGAAGGGAAGUGAGAAUGGGUCUUUGCUUAGUGCUUUUGAUGAAUCUGCUUCAGCGCCAUUUGGAACACUUGAUGCUGAAAUUACUCCUGAAACCAUCGAUUUCUUCGUUAGUGACGCUGCGGGUGAUCCUGACUGCCCAACUCCAGGCUACUCUUCAAUUGAGCAGUCUCUAAAUACUCUACGAGAAGGAAAGUUUGUGAUUGUUGUAGAUGAUGAAAAUGGCGAUAUUGAAGGAAAUAUUGUCAUGGCAGCAUCUCUUACGAGUCCUAAGCAUGUGGCAUUUAUGGUUAAACAUGGAUCAGGGAUUGUUUCUGUGGGCAUGAAAGAGGACGAUCUUGAAAGGUUGAAGCUUCCUUUAAUGUCUCCAGAGACAGAAGAUGAAGACUCUUCAGCCCCAACUUUCACGGUCACAGUGGAUGCGAAAACUGGAACAUCCGCUGGAGUAUCAGCAGUAGACAGGGCCAAGACUGUUCUUGCUCUUUCAUCCCCCGAAUCGAAGCCGGAAGAUUUUCGGAGACCAGGCCAUGUGUUUCCACUCAAGUAUAGAACUGGUGGUGUUCUGAGGAGAGCAGGUCAUACUGAGGCAUCUGUAGACUUGGUAAUGCUUGCAGGAUUGCAGCCAGUUUCUGUUCUUUCAGCUAUUGUUGAUCCAGAGGAUGGUUCCAUGGCUUCUCUAGCUAGUUUAAGAAAGUUGGCAUUGGAGCACAGCAUACCAAUCGUCUCAAUAACCGAUUUGAUAAGGUACAGGAGAAAAAGAGAAAAUUUGGUUGAAAGAAGUGCAAUUUCUCGUCUGCCUACCAAAUGGGGUCUAUUUCAAGCUUACUGCUACCGAUCAAAGCUAGAUGGAACAGAACAUGUAGCUCUUGUGAAGGGUAAUAUUGGACCUGGACAGGAUGUUCUUGUAAGAGUUCAUUCAGAGUGUUUAACUGGAGAUAUUUUUGGAUCAGCUCGUUGUGAUUGUGGGAACCAAUUGGAUUUGGCUAUGCAAUUAAUCGAGCAAGCCGGUAGAGGCGUUGUGGUUUACCUUCGAGGUCAUGAAGGAAGAGGGAUUGGCCUUGGUCAUAAACUUCGAGCCUACAAUUUGCAGGAUCAAGGUCAUGACACAGUCCAAGCUAACAUUGAACUUGGUUUAGCUGUCGAUGCACGCGAGUAUGGCAUCGGUGCUCAGAUUCUAAGGGACAUAGGGGUUCGAACCAUGCGACUGAUGACUAAUAAUCCUGCAAAGUUCACUGGAUUGAAGGGAUAUGGGUUGGCAGUUAUUGGAAGAAUUCCAGUGUUGACAUCCAUUACAGAGGAAAAUAAGAGGUACUUGGAAACAAAGCGUACCAAGAUGGGCCAUAUUUAUGGUUCUGAUAUACAGGGGCCAUUAGCCGGAUUCAUCAACCCAAAUGUAAAUAAGACAAACUCACCUGAAGAAGACUGAAAGAUAAUUAAAGAUUUUCAAGGAUUGGAACUCUGUCAUAUAGAGUUUGAAUUUUUGGUUUAUUGAUACCUUUCUUUGUGAUUAAUUUUCCAAUUUAUUAUAAUUACAACAUACAAUUAAUUCCAAAUGAAAAUGAUAUAUAGACAACAGUGGUUUGCAAAGAAUUAUUCUAUUGUUUUCCUGUUUUAACAUUUCUGGCAUUCUGCAAUCAUAAAAACUUGGUAUAUUUGUUGGCAGAGAUUAUAGAUUUCAAUUCCAAUACUUUUUUUUGGGGGGUUUAUCUGUUAAAAUAAAAGGAAA